AUGUUCAACUCGAAGAGCCACGCACUCACAAUGCUUCCAUUGGCAGAAAGGUGAGUAGAGAGAAGAAGAGACAGAGAGAUCACGCAAUCGUACUUGAUGACGUGGCACAAGUGGGGGAGAGAAGGUGUCAAGAAUCGGCGGCGAAAAAGGCUUUGAAAUUCGGGGCAAAUUCGUUUCCGCUUCACGCACUCAGCCGUGAAAUACGAUCGGAGCACCGGGGGCAAAGGGGACGAGGCGACAAAUUCGGGAGUGAAGCUCUUCCCGAAAAGAAUGCGAAACGGAAGAGGAAGGAAGAGAAAAAAAAAAGAAGAAGAAGAAGAAGAAGCGGAUGCACCUCAGACGACAUUUGAAAUGGAUGAGAUUCUGGAGUCAUUCCUCAAGAGAAAAGAAGAAAAAGCAGGCGGAUAUGAGCGAUGUGCCCGAGCAGCGGCACUGACGCCAAUCACAAUCAAUUCCGAAAACAAGAAGAAGAGCAGAAAAGUUAGAGACAAAAGGACGGAGCUUGUCACGUGGAUGGGGCUUUUGGGAGUUGUGGCACUUCCGGUUAAACUGGGAUCAAUGGUCUAAAGAGAUCAUUUUAAAACUGUAAACCUCAUUGGACCUAAGGCUUUUUUGAAUGCUGAGAAGAUAGUUCUCAUUUGAAUAAUCAUUCGAAAAGGGUUUUCAGCUUGCAUAAGAACACUAGUUUUGAGAAAUGGAAUGUCUGAUUAUGACGCCAAAACUCGCUUCUCGUUUACAGAAACGUGAACAAACUUGCAACAACUUAGUGACCACUGAACUCUGGUCACUUCGAAGAGAUUUGAGUCGGAAAAAAGAGACAAAUCUCACUGAAACACGGCGAAAAGAGGCGGGCGCAUAUUCUCGUGGUCGGGCCUCCCAUCUCAGCACUAAACGACUCAUAAAAUGGGUCGAAAUCGGUGGGGAUGGCAGCAAGUGAUGCGUUGCCGCAAGUCGGAAGGCUUAUAAAAAGUUUGAUUGGUUGGUGCUCGCAUGCUCCGCUCCGAGCCGUGACUGACGUCAAAAAUCUUCCGAAUCGCUCGCGUUCCCUCGGGACGGAGAGAAGCGGCGGCGCUCGAGACGACUCUUCUCACACUUUGUUUACCACCGAACACAAAAUGAACGAAAGAAUGACUGCGAACGCAUGUGACCACUACGCACUAACUGAUAUGGAACUUUAGUAAUCACUUUGUAGAUUCGAAUUCUGAAAACCUCUCCUUUUUGCAGGCUGGCAGCUGAUGGACACGACGUCUCGAUGUACACGAUAUGUGCGCACAGCAUGAAGAUUCAAUCUUCAAAAGUGAACGUCCUCGAAUCCAUUGCAAAAAUGAGCGACAUCACCGGAGAGACGGCGCCCGACACGAAUGGAGUCAGCAGAAUAUUCUGGAACUUGGAAAUGACACCGUACUUCGGAGCAUGCGUCUAUGAAAUGGCGUUUCAUUAUCUGGAGAGUGGCAGGGAUGGUAAGAACUAGAGGCUUCUUGUUGAAGAAAUGAGAACAUAUGUAUUCUCAGAGCAAUUGGAGCAUAUAUUGUCGACUCCUUUCGAUUUGGCAGUGGUCGAUGAGACCUAUACAGCUCUCCAAGGAUCAAUCGCUCUGAAAUUGAGGGAGAAGUUCGGCACGAAGAUGAUUGCGUUUGCGACAACAGGUAAACAGAAUGCAAUGA